AGACGCGUAGGCGGUGUUUGGGUAUAUUUGAUGCGGGAUGGCCGGAUUUGAAGCGGAGAUUUGAAAACGGAGGAUGUUCUCGGCGUGAUUCAUAAUCCGGGGGGGAGUGAUGACGAUAUACAGCUGGUCGUCGCCGUCAGCUUGUGAGGACGGGUGUGGGCGAGCACUGCGCAGAGAGAGUAUAAGGGAUAAGGGAUACAUGAUGAUCGUAGCAGUGACAUGUGCUAAGCUGAGUUGAGCGUGGUCGUAAGCGAGACGCGCCCAUCUCUGUCGCAUCGAGUCUUGUUCUCUUCUCUCCACCCGACUACAACCUGACAUCAUGCAACCGCCGGCGUCUGUUUCGCCUCUUGAGCCCUUCAUGCCCCCCCCAGUCCAGAGACUCUCUUUUCCCCCACUCCAACCCGAGUCUCUCCCCCCCGUUCCUGGGCCCUCCACAGCAUCCGCGUCAACAUCAAACUCAUCCAGUAUCUUCCCGUAUCUCCAUCGGCUCCAGAUUACCGACCUCACCAUGAACUCUCGUCACAGCAAACGACGUCCUCUCCUUCUCCUCAGUCUCUCCUCCCCCUCGUUCCUCAACGCAGUCGCUACGGACGCCAACUCCGACAAACCCCUCUACUCCGUGGAAACAGUCGCUUCCUCCACAACCAUCUGGCGUUCAGAUCCCUGGGACGGCUCAGCAAAGAUUGCUGACAUCCGCUGGCCAAGAGAACUCCCUCUCAAGGGAAAAUGCAAGGACAAUACCCAUGGCGCUCGCAUCCAGAUGAGCGGAAAUUCCACUUGGAAGGAUACUGCCAGUUUCCUCAAAUAUUGUUCCCUAGUAAGCUCGCGCAAGUUUUACGUCCCGUACCAUCCCCAUGCCCUCAAAUGGAAGCGUUCUGGAAACUCGUACCAGUGUGUGACGGCAACUUGUAAAAGCCCUGUUGCAACGCUCGAGUCCUUUGACGAUGUCACAGAACCGAGACUCAGAGUAUUUGAGAACCUAGGGAAUACCGACGACUCGGUUCCGCAGCUUGAUCAUGCGGGUAUAUCCCUCUCCUUCCUCGACCAUCUCUUCGUUACUGCUUUGCUACUCGUCACUGAACCUGAGGAUUGGAUGAUACUGGCUCGUCGCCCUAUUUCAGAUGCCACCUCCUCAACUGCAUGUCUAUCUUCUAGGUCCACUUCUCUCAGAGCACCCGCCUCUGAACGUCAGUGGCGGAAAAUCAUGUACGGCGAGCCCCUCUAUCCUUCUCUCAAGCCACCCGCAGCAGACAAGCCCGAUGCAGAUCACGGCGAGCCUGUCAACCUUUCGACGUCUCUCCAACAGUGGCGCAAGAUCGUCUACGGCGAACCACUCUAUCCCUCCCUGCGCCCUCGUAGCGCCGACAGCCUCGGCCUUCCGCCACGACCGCGGACGGCCUGCGACAGUGCCAGCAUCUCGUCUGACUCCGCGUACUCUCCUGCGACGCCCUCGUCGACCCCAUCCACGGGAUUCUAUGAUGCCUCGUCAUUUGAUGAGUCUGAUCGGCUUGGUACCCGCAUCAUCGCCGACCGACGAUGUGCCGCUUCCCCGCAAUCUUUCUCGCCCACACCAGUAUCACCCAUACCUUCAUCAGAACACGUCCCAUUCUCACCCCGGUCAUCAUUAUCUCCACGGACGAGCGCAAGGCGAGAGUUGCCGAAUCCACCUUCGGCAUUUCAUCCACCUCCGUCGAUGCAGCCGUGGCUUCACCGGUCAAGGUCGUCUCCACGGCUUUCACCUGGAACGCCGAUGACUGAACGACGGCAGAAGCCGAGCGAGGACGGCAUGCGAGUAAGGACAACAGCACUUUUGGACGACCCUGACACACGCUACUCUUCCGUGUCACCCUCGACAAGCGCGAGGAGACGACAGUUACCGACUGUUCCCGCCACGCCAUCCUCACGUCAACAUCAGACGCCUCCGACUACAGAGAGGCGGUUAUCGUCGCAGCGAAUGCUGCCGCCUACGCCGGAUGCUGUUGCACGGUCGGCAGCCACGGUGGUUCACCGACAUGUACAGUCCCAGUCUCAUGUGACGCCACCUCAACCACCACCACGAAUAAGGCAGACGCGGCGACCCGCUACAGCGGGCCAUGGUGGUGAGGGUGAGGGAAGGCAGGUUGAGCAGCCUCCGCGGGACGAAAAGGAUCCCCGCGAGCUCAUUGAUUGGAUGCGAAAUGUAAGUCGGGCGCAUCACCGACGGGUGCUUGGAAACCAAGACGGCCAGCCGGGCAUAGAUGAUGCGGCAUAUGAAGCUCCACCUCCAGCAUACAAUGCGAUAGAUUUUUCGACCCCUCCACAGGCUCGGUCGCCUGACCGGACCAUUGGUUGACUACUGAUUUCUUUCUUCUUCUCUGGCAUGGAUUGUCCAUUUUCGACUAAAUGGGUAGGACGGGUUCCUUUUCGCCAACAUCGAUUUACAGAUAUAAAUCACCCUUCUGAUCCACUACAGUAA